AUGAGGGAGGCAGCGCUGCACAGGGAGACAGCUGGUGCAGAAAAGUGUGUGUGCCCUGUCUGUCUCCAUCGGCAGGUGAUAGAAUGUCAAUGUUUGGGUGUGCAGCUGUUGUCUUCUACACCGCUCCUGCAAACCUGGCCACCGAGGUGUGUGUGAUGUAUGUUUAAGUGCUAACUGUAUAUUAUAUACGUGGCUUUCAGAACUGACUAGUGCGGUGCGCUGGCCAUUUAUUAGUUAUUGCCGUGUGCGAGAGUGAAUGUGUGUGAACCUGUUUUGUGCUUUGAAUCCUAGCAGUAGACGUGUCCUGGCUGUUGCCCUCUGAAUCUCAAUUGAGCCUAUGUGCAGUGUUAGUACGCAAACACACACACACACUUCCGUUACUGUCAGUAAACAGCAUCAUCCCUCUGCAUACACCAUGGGGUGAGAGCGAGGGAGUAAGGAGGGUAAGAGGGCGAGAGUGAAUGAGGGAGAGAAAAGGGAGGAAGUGAAUAGAGAGGAGAGUUGAAAAGCACUUUGUGACAACUAAAGAUGUAAAAAGAGCUUUAUAAAUGUGAUUUAGAGAGAAUUGGACAGAAAGGCAAUGGAAGGCUCGAUUGCAUUUCCUUGAUCCCAUGAGUCCUCUCUCUCAGCCUCCUUCUCAAAACCAAUUGGAAGAGAAGGUCAGAGUGGAGGGGAGAAAAGAGGAAAUGCAGUUGAGAUUCUCCCAAUGACAGGAGAGGAGGAGCGAGAGAAAGAUGGGCAGGAAGUCUUUCUCCUGGGCCUAGUAGAGGUUAAUGCCCUAGUAAGCGGCUGUCUGUGUGAAAUGGAAAACAUCUUCAUGUUCUCCUCUCUUCCCAUCUGUGUACCUACUCUCUGCCACCCUGAGUGUGACUUCACCUGAGUGAAGCGCACACAAACACAAACACCCCCCCGAUUUAAGCAGACAGACGCGCACCCACCACAGCAGGAGCUUGCCUCUUGGUAGCAGGUGUCACUCACAGCUCAUUACCCCUGGCAGGGUUGAUCAUUCUGUUUGGAUAGCAAUAUGGCACACCUCACUGGAGAGAUGGAGGGAAGGAGAGAGUAGUGGGAUGGAAGGAGCACGCAGGAGAGGGAGAUGAGGAAUUGCGCUGCAGUAAGAACCUUGAAAAAUGUGUGGAGAAAUUGUGAUUUCUGUCCGUACCUGUAUAUGAAUUAUGUUACAGGAUGGAGUUGAGGGACUUACUGUAUACUGGGGUGUGUGAUCUGUUAUGUGAGUGUGUUCAGUAAGGUGAGCAUAGCUAGUACUGUGUAUACGUGUGGUCCUGAGGGUGUAUGACUAUAGGAGAGAAACCUGAUAGCCUCUUCUGUGUGUGUGUGUGACAUGUACUGACCGUGUUUGUGUGUGUGUGUGUGUUUCUCCACAGAUAUGACUACAGAGAGAUGCUGCACAACUCUACUUUCUGCCUGGUGCCUCGGGGCAGACGCCUGGGAUCCUUUCGCUUCCUGGAGGCACUGCAAGUGAGUGGGCCCGUACACGCACACACGCACAGAGAUUGACUCCUUACGAUUGCUGGAGGCACUGCAGUUGAGUGGGCUUCGACACACAAACACACACACCUAUAUAUCCCAACACCUGUGCUGUAGGGCUGGGAAUUGCCAGGGACCUUACAAUACGAUAUUACGAUACUGAGGGGCUGAUACGAUAUGUAUUGCGACUCUCACGAUUCUAUAUGUAUUGUGACUUUAUUGCGAUUUGAUGCUCCAAACAUGUUGCUCAAAAUAUGUCUGCUGCAGAGACAAGAAAGAGCAUAAGAAAAUUAGUUUUGAUCAGUCAUGGAAAUAAAAGUGCUGAAAACAUUUUGGCUCACUAUUUAAAAAGAAGAUGGAGAACAAGCUAUAGGAUGAAAAAUACCGGAAUUUUUGGUGCAGGUACAGCCGGCUAGCGCUAGCUAACGCUACCUUACAAAUCGAUACUUGGAGGCAAAGUAUCUACAGUGAGGGAAAAACGUAUUUGAUCCCCUGCUGAUUUUGUACGUUUGCCCACUGACAAAGGAAUUAUCAGUCUAUCAUUUUAAUGGUAGGUUUAUUUGAACAGUGAGAGACAGAAUAAAAAAUAAAAAAAACGCAUGUCAAAAAUGAUAUAAAUUGAUUUGCAUUUUAAUGAGGGAAAUAAGUAUUUGACCCCUCUGCAAAACAUGACUUAGUACUUGGUGGCCAAACCCUUGUUGGCAAUCACAGAGGUCAGACGUUUCUUGUAGUUGGCCACCAGGUUUGCACACAUCUCAGGAGGGAUUUUGUCCCACUCCUCUUUGCAGAUCUUCUCCAAGUCAUUAAGGUUUCGAGGCUGAUGUUUGGCAACUAGAACCUUCAGCUCCCUCCACAGAUUUUCUAUGGGAUUAAGGUCUGGAGACUGGCUAGGCCACUCCAGGACCUUAAUGUGCUUCUUCUUGAGCCACUCCUUUGUUGCCUUGGCCGUGUGUUUUGGGUCAUUGUCAUGCUGGAAUGCCCAUCCAUGACCCAUUUUCAAUGCCCUGGCUGGGGGAAGGAGGUUCUCACCCAAGAUUUGACGGUACAUGGCCCCGUCCAUCGUCCCUUUGAUGCGGUGAAGUUGUCCUGUCCCCUUAGCAGCAAAACACCCCCAAAGCAUAAUGGGGAUGGUGGUUUUGGGGUCAUAGGCAGCAUUCCUCCUCCUCCAAACACGGCGAGUUGAGUUGAUGCCAAAGAGCUCCAUUUUGGUCUCAUCUGACCACAACACUUUCACCCAGUUCUCCUCUGAAUCAUUCAGAUGUUCAUUGGCAAACUUCAGACGGGCAUGUAUAUGUGCUUUCUUGAGCAGGGGGACCUUACGGGCGCUGCAGGAUUUCAGUCCUUCACGGUGUAGUGUGUUACCAAUUGUUUUCCUGGUGACUAUGGUCCCAGCUGCCUUGAGGUCAUUGACAAGAUCCUCCCGUGUAGUUCUGGACUGAUUCCUCACCGUUCUCAGGAUCAUUGCAACUCCACGGGGUGAGAUCUUGCAUAGAGCCCCAGGCCGAGUGAGAUUGACAGUCCUUUUGUGUUUCUUCCAUUUGCGACUGUUGUCACCUUCUCACCAAGCUGCUUGGCGAUUGUCUUGUAGCCCAUUCCAGCCUUGUGUAGGUCUACAAUUUUGUCCCUGACAUCCUUGGAGAGCUCUUUGGUCUUGGCCAUGGUGGAGAGUUUGGAAUCUGAUUGAUUGAUUGCUUCUGUGGACAGGUGUCUUUUAUACAGGUAACAAGCUGAGAUUAGGAGCACUCCCUUUAAGAGUGUGCUCCUAAUCUCAGCUCGUUACCUGUAUAAAAGACACCUGGGAGCCAGAAAUCUUUCUGAUUGAGAGGGGGUCAAAUACUUAUUUCCCUCAUUAAAAUGCAAAUCAAUUCAUAACAUUUUUGACAUACGUUUUUCUGGAUGUUUUUGUUGUUAUUCUGUCUCUCACUGUUCAAAUAAACCUACCAUUAAAAUUAUAGACUGAUCAUUUCUUUGUCAGUGGGCAAACGUACAAAAUCAGCAGGGGAUCAAAUACUUUUUUCCCUCACUGUAUAUAGUCCAAAAUAACAUUGCGAUAUGUAACGAUCACAUUUUUUUCACCCAUCACUACUGUGCUGUGCUAUGCAUGAUCUUUACUACCACACUGUCAUUCUCACACAGUGAAACCACUUACAUUGCAACUUCACUAUUUUUUACACUGCAAGUGCAUUUCUACUCCCUCCGUCCUACCCACCCCUUUCAUCUCCUCCAAGUAUCACAGAACCCUUACACUCUCUUAUAUACACACUUCAUUACCACACUUGUAAGUGCAUACUUACUCCCACUCCAUAUGCACUUGCCAUUACCACUCAACCGCUGCAUACUUGUGCCCUUCAAUCCCAACCUACAGCGUAUCCACUUGUCAGAUUCCAUCCAACCGCUGCAUACUUCGUAACCUAAACCUCACACCUGUCACACUUUAUUGCACACUUCUGCACUGAGUGUGCGCCUACCACUCUAUCUACUUCCACAGUCUGAAGUGCUCCGUCAUCACCUCUAAUAUUAGUGCACACUUCUCCACAGAAAGUAUACACUUGUGUCUCUUUCUCCUCUCUCCUACACUUUCACUCUGACUCACACCACUCAGUCCAUCUCUCCUAGCCUCUCCACUCAUCUAGAGAAAGGAGAGAGUGUGUGUUUGUGUGUGUGUGCGUCUACCUUGGUGAGUGUGUGUGCGAGUCAAAGGUUAGUGUGAAUGCAUGAGCCUCCACUUGUAUUUGAGUGUAUGUUUGUAGGAGAGAGGCAGUGUGAGAGCAGGGCCCGGGGGCCGGUGCUGUUUUAGCUGACACCUUUAUGACCCCUGAUUGACAGGGCUGUCAUUACGUCAAACUCUCAUCCCACUGCACCAGCUGUUCUUCUCUCCUCUUCCCUCCAUGCCUCUACCUCUCCAUUAGUCUCCUCUACUUCGCCACUGCCAAAGACCAGCCUCAGCUUGGUUACCUCUCUUCUUCUCUCUAUUUUUUCUUCCUCAAACCUUCUUUGUCACUUUCUCUCUUUUUGCUGUCUCGUUCUCGCUGUGUGCUGUUUUAUUCAAUCUAUUUCCAAGUCUGUUUCAAUUUUUUACUUUCUCUGUUCCACCCCUCUCCGUGUCCCUUCUCUCUCGCUCUCUCUCGCUCUCUCUCGCUCUCGCUCUCUCUCUCUCGCUCUCUCUCUCUCUCUCUGUCUCCCUCUCUCCCUCUGUGUUGUGUAUCUCUGUCUUUAGGCAGCCUGUGUGCCUGUGAUGCUGAGUAACGGCUGGGAGCUGCCCUUCUCUGAGAUCAUCAACUGGAACACGGCGGCCGUCAUCGGGGACGAGAGGCUGCUGCUGCAGGUACGACGCACACCCCUCACCAACCCCUUAACCUCCUUCUCCAUCCUUCAACCCUUUUAAAGGGAUACUGCAAGAUUUUACUUACCAAGAGUCAGAUUAACUUGUGGAUACCAUUUAUGUCUCUGCGUGCAAUAUCAAGGAAGUUGGAGGUAACAAGCCAAUGAUAACUAGCGUUAACGCAAUGAAUGUCAAUGAUUGGCCGGAGAGUCCACUCACUGGGUCUCUCAGCCCAGGAUCAUAUUCAUUAGAGGCUAGGCACACCUUAGCAAAACAUUUUGCAACAGAAAAUUAGAACGGGCGUUUCUUAAGUUUAGUUAGUCGCUCCCUGUUUCCCUCUAUCCCUCCCUUCCUCUAUCCCUCCCUCUCUCUGACCGACCAUGGCGUGUUGUCCCCUCCUUCAUCCCUACACCUCCCUCUCCCUGCCCCCCUCCUCUCUCCAUCCCCUCUAUUUAACAGUGUCCUCUUCCUGUCCUCCUCUAGAUCCCAUCCACGGUGCGCUCCAUCCAUCAGGAUAACAUCCUAGCUCUGAGGCAGCAGACCCAGUUCCUGUGGGAGGCCUACUUCUCCUCCAUGGAGAAGAUUGUGCUGACUACUCUGGAGGUGAGAGAGAGACACACACACACACACACACACACACACACACACACACACACAUACAUGCACGCAUUGACACAUGCACACAGAAAAACACACAUACACCACAAAAUACUGAAACACACACACACAUACAUACAGUGCAUUCGGAAAGUAUUCAGACCCCUUGACUUUUUCCACAUUUUGUUACAUUACAGCCUUAUUCUAAAAUUGAUUAAAUCAUUUUUUCCUCAUCAAUCUACACACAAUACCCCAUAAUGACAAAGCAACAACUGGUUUUUAUAAAUUUUAGCAAAUUUGUAAAUAAGAAAAACCUGAAAUAUCACAUUUACAUAAGUAUUCAGACACUUUACUCAGUACUUUGUUGAAGCACCUUUGGCAGCGAUUGCAGCCUCGUCUUGUUGGGUAUGACGCUACAAGCUUGGCACACCUGUAUUUGGGGAAUUUCUCCCAUUCUUCUCUGCAGAUCCUCUCAAGCUUUAUCAGGUUGGAUGGGAAACGUCGCUGCACAGCUAUUUUCAGGUCUCUCCAGAGAUGUUCGAUUGGGUUAAAGUCCAGGCUCUGGCUAGGCCACUCAAGGACAUUCAGAGACUUUUACCGAAGCCACUCCUGCGUUGUCUUGGCUGUGUGCUUAGGGUCGUUGUCCUGUUGGAAGGGGAACCUUCACCCCAGAGGUCCUGAGCGCUCUGGAGCAGGUUUUCAUCAAGGAUCUCUCUGUACUUUGCUCCGUUCAUCUUUCCCUCGAUCCUGACUAGUCUCCCAGUCCUUGCCGCUGAAAAACAUCCCCACAGCAUGAUGCUGCCACCACCAUGCUUCACCGUAGGGAUGGUGCCAGGUUUCCUCCAGACGUGACGCUUUGCAUUCAGGCCAAAGAGUUCAAUCUUGGUUUCAUCAGAGCAGAGAAUCUUGUUUCUCAUGGUCAGAGUCCUUUAGGUGCCUUUUGGCAAACUCCAAGCGGGCUGUCAUGUGCCUUUUACUGAGGAGUGGCUUCCGUCUGGCCAUUCUACCAUAAAGGCCUGAUUGGUGGAGUGCUGUAGAGAUGGUUGUCCUUCUGGAAGGUUCUCCCAUCUCUACAGAGGAACUCUGGAGCUCUGUCAGAGUGACCAUCGGGUUCUUGGUCACCUCCCUGACCAAGGCCGUUCUCCCCAGAUUGCUGAGUUUGGCUGGGCGACCAGCUCUAGGAAUAGUCUUGGUGGUUCCAAACUUCUUCCAUUUAAGAAUGAUGGAGGCCACUGUGUUCUUGGGGACCUUCAAUGCUGCAGAAUUAUUUUGGUACCCUUCCCCAGAUCUGUGCCUCGACACAAUCCUGUCUCAGAGAUCUACGGACAAUUCCUUCGACCUCAUGGCUUGGUUUUUGCUCUGACAUGCACUGUCAACUGUGGGACCUUAUAUCGACAGGCGUGUGCCUUUCCAAAUCAUGUCCAAUCAAUUGAAUUUAGCACAGAUGGACUCCAAGUUGUAGAAACAUCUCAAGGAUGAUCAAAGGAAACAGGAUGCAUCUGAGCUAAAUUUGUAGUCUCAUAGCAAAGGGUCUGAAUACUUAUGUAAAUGUGAUAUUUCUAUUUUUAAUACAUUUGCUAAAAUGUCUAAACCUGUUUUUGCUUUGCAUUAUGGGGUAUUGUGUGUAGAUUGAUGAAGGAAAAAAACUAUUUAAUCAAUUUUAGAAUAAGGCUGUAAUGUAGAAAAAGUCAAGGGGUCUGAAUACUUUCCUGAAUGCACUGUACACAUACACACACAAAACACACAUACCCACACACUUUCUUUCUCAUUUUCUCUCUGUCUCCUCAGCUAUCAAUCUCCAUCUGUCUUCCAGAGUUCCAAUGUCGCGCUAGCCUCACUGCAAUCUCUGUUUAUUCCCAAGUGUCUGACCUUACAUCCUCACACUCCAACCCCUCACACCUCACACUACGGUUGCAAAUGCAUCACCCUAUGAAGACAAGACGUUGAAAAUACGUAUUUUCAACAUCUUUUCAACGUCUUUCGCUCAUAGGGCACAGUCUACGCCAGGGAUCGGCAACAGGCAGCCCACGUGCCAAAACCACCCCACGAGUGAUUUUUUUGUGAUUUUUACAUAGGUUGUUUUUGGGUUGUCACCAGGAAUUCAGCAAAAAAUUAGUUUAAUUUAGGAAAUCUGUUCCAAGUAUUCCCAUGAAUUAAAAAAAGAUGUGAUUUGUGUCUCAAUGUAAUCAAGGUAUGAAAUUAUAGUUAUUUUCAAAUACAAUCUCUUUUUGGGGUUAGUUGAGUUCAAUUUGCAGUGUACAAAUUAUUAUAAUUAUGUUCCGUUCCCCUGACAAUUCGCUCAGACAAAUUUGGCACGCAGCUGAAUCUAGUUGCCUAUCCCUGGUCUACGCAAUAGCAUGGUACCAAUCUCAAAUGUAUCUCUAUUUUCUACACAGCCUUUUAAUUUUUUUAUUUCACCUUUAUUUAACCAGGUAAGCCAGUUGAGAACAAGUUCUCAUUUACAACUGCGACCUGGCCAAGAUAAAGCAAAGCAGUGCGAUAAAAACAACAACACAGAGUUACAUAUGGGGUAAAACAAAACAAAGUAAAAAAAAUACAACAGAAAAUAUAUAUACAGUGUGUGCAAAUGUAGCAAGUUAUGGAGGUAAGGCAAUAUAUAGGCCAUAGUGCAAAAUAAUUACAAUUUAGUAUUAACAUUGGAAUGAUAGAUGUGUAAGAGAUGUGCAAAUAGAGAUACUGGGGUGCAAAUGAGCAAAAUAAAUAACAAUAUGGGGAUGAGGUAGUUGGGUGGGCUAAUUUCAGAUGGGGUGUGUACAGGUGCAGUGAACGGUAAGGUGCUCUGACAACUGAUGCUUAAAGUUAGUGAGGGAGAUAAGAGUCUCCAGCUUCAGAGAUUUUUGCAGUUCGUUCCAGUCAUUGGCAGCAGAGAACUGGAAGGAAUGGCGGCCAAAGGAGGUGUUGGCUUUGGGGAUGACCAGUGAGAUAUACCUGCUGGAGCGCAUACUAUGGGUGGGUGUUGCUAUGGUGACCAAUGAGCUAAGAUAAGGCGGGGAUUUGCCUAGCAGUGAUUUAUAGAUGACCUGGAGCCAGUGGGUUUGGCGACGAAUAUGUAGUGAGGACCAGCCAACAAGAGCGUACAGGUCACAGUGGUGGGUAGUAUAUGGGGCUUUGGUGACAAAACGGAUGGCACUGUGAUAGACUACAUCCAAUUUGCUGAGUAGAGUGUUGGAGGCUAUUUUGUAAAUGACAUCGCCGAAGUCAAGGAUCGGUAGGAUAGUCAGUUUUACGAGGGCAUGUUUGGCAGCAUGAGUGAAGGAGGCUUUGUUGCGAAAUAGGAAGCCGAUUCUAGAUUUAACUUUGGAUUGGAGAUGCUUAAUGUGAGUCUGGAAGGAGAGUUUAGUCUUACCAGACACCUAGGUAUUUGUAGUUGUCCACAUACUCUAGGUCAGACCCGCCGAGGGUAGUGAUUCUAGUCGGGUGGGCGGGUGCCAGCAGCGUUCGAUUGAAGAGCAUGCAUUUAGUUUUACUAGUGUUUAAGAGCAGUUGGAGGCUACGGAAGGAGUGUUGUAUAGCAUUGAAGCUCGUUUGGAGGUUUGUAAACAGUGUCCAAUGAAGGGCCAGAUGUAUACAAAAUGGUGUCGUCUGCGUAGAGGUGGAUCUGAAAGUCACCAGCAGCAAGAGCGACAUCAUUGAUAUACACAGAGAAAAGAGUCGGCCCGAGAAUUGAACCCUGUGGCACCCCCAUAGAGACUGCCAUAGGUCCAGACAACAGGCCCUCCGAUUUGACACAUUGAACUCUAUCUGAGAAGUAGUUGGUGAACCUGGCGAUGCAGUCAUUUGAGAAACCAAGGCUAUUUAGUCUGCCAAUAAGAAUACGGUGGUUGACAGAGUCGAAAGCCUUGGCCAGGUCGAUGAAGACCUGGGGGGAUGAACGCGGCAGCUUUCCAAUCUCUGAGGAUCUCAGACGUUACGAAAGAGAGGUUGAACAGGCUAGUAAUUGGGGUUGCGACAAUCUCGGCAGCUAAUUUUAGAAAGAAAGGGUCCAGAUUGUCUAGCCCAGAUGAUUUGUAGUGGUCCAGAUUUUGCAGCUCUUUCAGAACAUCAGCUGUCUGAAUUUGUGUGAAGGAGAAGCGGGGGGGGGGCAUGGGCAAGUUGCAGCGGAGGGUGCAGAGCUGGUGGCCGGGGUAAUGGUAGCCAGGUGGAAAGCAUGGCCAGCCGUAGCAGAAUGCUUGUUGAAAUUCUCGAUUAUUGUAGAUUUAUCGGUGGGCCUUGGCGUAAAACGAGCCCCACAAUCUCAUCCAAUCUCACAAUCUCCAAUCUGAGUAUUCAUACUAGCUUCACCAACUUGGUGGACAUCUUUUGUCUGUUGUGCCAAUUACCUUUAUCUCUACUAGUCUCAACCUGGGAUCGCUGCUAUCUCACACACACAUCUCCAUACGUCUCAGUGUUUGGGCCCCGGCUCGGCAGGUGGCACCCAGGCUUAACCCCACUGACAUGUUGUCACUGUGCAAAGGUGGGGCGGGGGCAUUGUAACACUGCACAGCCCGGGUGACUUAGCCGUGUUGUUGUUUAUGUGGUGAAUGUGUUCAAGGGAGAGACGAGGACUAAACGAGUAAACCAGGGAUAAAGAAGUAAGAGAUAUUUGGUGGGGGUGGUGUAGAGGGGGGAACGGAGGGUGACAUACACUAUAUAUACAAAAGUAUGUGGACAGCCCUUCAAAUUAGUCGAGUCGGCUAUUUCAGCCACACCUGUUGCCGACAGGUGUAUAAAAUCGAGCACACAGCCAUGCAAUCUCCAGAGAAAAACAUUGGCAGUAGAAUGGCCUUACUGAAGAGCUCAAUGACUUUCAACGUGGCAAUGUCAUAGGAUGCCACAAGAUAGUUCGUCAAAUUUCUGGCCUGCUAGAGCUGCCCCGGUCAACUGUAAGUGUUGUUAUUGUGAAGUGGAAACGUCUAGAAGCAACAACGGCUCAGCCGCGAAGUGGUAGGCCACACAAGCUUACAGAAUGGGACCGCUGAGUACUGAAGUGCUUAGCGUGUAAAAAUCGUCUGUCCUCGGUUGCAACACUCACUACCGAGUUCCAAACUGCCUCUGGAAGCAAUGUCAGUACAAUAACUGUUCGUCAGGAGCUUCAUGAAAUGGGUUUCCAUGGUCGAGCAGCCACACAAGCAUAAGAUCACCAUGCGCAAUGCCAAGCGUCGGCCGGAGUGGUGUAAAGCUUGCCGCCAUUGGACUCUGGAGCAGUGGAAACACGUUCUCUGGAGUGAUGAAUCACACUUCACCAUGGACAAAUCUGGGUUUGGUCAGAUGCCAAGAGAACGCUACCUGCCCCAAUGCAUAGUGCCAACUGUAAAGUUUGGUAGGGGAGUAAUAAUGGUCUGGGGCUGUUUUUCAUGGUUCGGGCUAGGCCCCUUAGUUCCAGUGAAGGGAAAUCUUAAAGCUACAGCAUAGAGCCCUGACCUCAACCCCAUCGAUCACCUUUGUAAUGAAUUGGAAUGCAGACUGUGAGCCAGGCCUAAUCGCCCAACAUCAGUGCCCGACCUCACUAAUGCUCUUGUGGCUGAAUGGAAGUCCCCCCAGCAAUGUUCCAACAUCUAGUGGAAAGUCUUCCCAGAAGAGUGCAGGCUGUUAUAGCAGAAAAGGGGAGACCAACUCCAUAUUAAAGCCCAUGAUUUUGGAAUGAGAUGUUCGACGAGCAGGUGUCCACAUACUUCUGGUCAUGUAGUGUAUGUUAAUGCCGCUGCCUUGGCAGCUCCCGAGAUAACGAGCGGCAUGGGUUAUUCAUUCGGCUGUGUCACGCUCGGUCGGCUGCAGAUCUAGGCCGAUACACACACAAUCUCUCGACUUUUUAAUCUCCACACACUCCCUGCGUUUUCCUCUCCCGACUUCACACACUCCAGCAUCUGUGUGGUGGGCGGCUGAGUUGGCGAGCGAGUAAACAAGCAAGAGAACAAUCCCAACCAAUCACGUUGUGUUUCCUGUCAGAAAGUUGAGAAGUUUAGACCAAUCACAAAGCCAAUGGAGCCUUCCCUGUUCCCGCUGCUUUCCGGCACACCUAUUAAACAGAAUUACAGUGUGUUUCCGAAACGUUUUUAUCUAUUAUCCUCUUAAUUGGCUGAUUGUAGCUGUUGGGAGGCUAGAUUGAGUCGUCCAUCAUGCUCGGCCAGGACACUCAAGGGGAAGGAUUUCAGCCAUGCAAGAAAAAUAGCCCUUCAUAAGGUCUUAAGGCCCCAGUUUUAAGGUGGUGAGUGCUUUUUAUUGUGAGGCUAAAGGAUUCCCAGUUAAUCUGUUGGGCUGAGGCAAGUGGUUAUUGACUGCCCUGAGGGGCCGUAGCAGUGGAAAACUGCCUCUCGUUUCUUUUCCCCACCUCCUCAGAUGAGUUUUUAUAUUGCUUUGUCAAUAUUAUUACAGUAUUAUACAAAGCCAUGAUCGCAUGGAACUCCCUUCCAUCUCCAGUUACUCAAGCAACAGCGAAAUACCUUUAAAAAACAGAUGAAACAACAUCUCAUGGAACGGUGGGGACUGAGGGGAUGCACAAACACACUCUUAACACAGCAUUUUUUAGUUUAAUUGUUUGUAUAAUUUUUUUUUUGUAUCUUUAUCUUUUAAAUCUGUGACUGUCCUUGUCUAUCAGUGUAUAAGUGUUUUGUCAUGUUUUGUGUUUUUUGUGCACCCCAGGAAAAGUAGCUGCUGCUUCUGCUAAAGCUAAUGGGGAUCCAAAUAAACAAAUAUAGACCCCUCCAGUGGUAUUAUUAGCUCCCGUCUCGAGCCGCCUACCGCCCACUGUCGCUUUCCAUCCACAACCACCCGAGACUUUUCACAUUGUUACCAAGCCAACGGCCAAGUCACCCCGCCACCUAUUCUGCCACCGUAGGAUUCAAUAGAGAGCCAUAAAACACGGCUGCAAACCUGUGAAUGUUUUACGGAAGCAAUUUAGCACUUGCUCAAGGGCACAGUGGUAAUAUCGCGUUUGUCGCACCUCGAUACCACAACAGCAGCCAAUUGUAUCCCCCCUUAGAGAAAGCAACAGGGGAAAAUGGCCAGUCUGGUAUUGGUGUUUGGAUGUGUGAGUGACUGGUCUAUUUGUAGGGGAAUGAAUGAGUGGACUCCUCAUUGGAGUGACUGGUGUUUCACUGUAUGUACAACUGAACUGGUUUGUUCUGUCGUGUGUGAAGUAUAUUUUGGGCACAGCUUCUAUUUGAAUGACUGACUGGUGUCCAUACUGGUACUGAGUUACAGAUUUAUUUGGAUGUCUUGUAUGUAAGCGGCUCCUGUUAGAUGUCUCACUGUAUUACUGGGGCUUAAUCAAGUGGCUGAAACAUUUUCGAGCAAUGCGGAUAGAAAUAAAGUGUACUAAACCGGGUCAGUCUACUAUAGGGCUCUCCAACCCUCUUCCUGGAGAGCUACCCUCCUUUAGGUUUUCAAUCCAACCCCAGUUGUAACUAACCUGAUUCAGUUUAUCAACCAGCUAAUUAUUAGAAUGAGGUGCGCUAGAUUAGGGUUGGAGCGAACACCUACAAGACGGUCGCUCUCCAGGAAGAGGGUUGGGGAGCUCUGGUCUAUUACAUUAUACAGCUAUCUCCAACAUUCAGAAUGUUUCACUCUACUGGACACACACCUAAUAAUAAUAAUAUAAUGAUAUAACCCUAGUGUCUAUCUGUUUUGAGUGACUGGUGUUUAGUGUCUAUAUGAAUGUUCUGUUGGAAGGACUGGUUUAACUUCCGCCCAUCCCAUCUUGCCAUCAGAUCAUCCAGGACCGGGUGCUGCAGCAGGAGUCCAGGAGCACCUUGAUGUGGAACAGCCACCCCGGGGGGCUCUUCGCCCUGCCACAGUACUCUGCCCACCUGGGAGACUUCCCCUUCUACUACGCCACCCUAGGUGAGUACCCCUCCUCUCAAUCAACCAAUCAAUCAAAUGUAUUUAUAUGGCCUUUUCACACCAGCUGUUGUCACAAAGUGCUUUUACAGUUACCCGUUCUAGAUCCCAAAGAGCAAGCCCAAGCAGAAACACAUUGGCUAGGAAAAACUCCACUCCUCUAUCGCAUUAAUUGCAUGGUAGCACCAGUCGUUCAGUAUCUGUUUAACAGCAGUCCUUUAUUGAAUGUCUUGAGCUAUAGAUAUACUAGGGAUGCACAUGGGAAGUUACCUUGCCACACCAGAAUAUCUAAUCUCAUUGCAUUGUGUGUUUGGUCGAGUAGUAGGUACACGCUAUCUGUUAUGGGUAGAGUCCUUGUGUCUUCUUAAACAUUGCCCCUAGCCUAUGAUAUACUGCUAGCCCCCCUCCAUAUGUCCUUUUAAAUGAGAAGCGUCUGUUUCUGGCACCUUGGAUUCCAUCUGUGACAGAGUCUUAAAGGACUACGCAGCCAAGACGCUGUCCCACUAGAUCAAUUGACUCGUUACAGUGGCUAGAACAACAUGUUACUCGAACGACCCUUGAUUGAUGCUCGCAUUAGGCCCGCUGACACGCCAAAUAGUCAGUCAGUCGUUCGUUUCACUCAGUGAACACGCCAUAUACUGCUGCACCGGUUCACCAACACAGACUGCGCCUCUGUAACAAUCUGUGACCUCAAAGGCCUUUAUGCGUCCCAAAUGGCUGCCUGUUCCCUAUGUAGUGUACUACUUCUGACCCAGAGCUUUAUAGGCCCAACUCAAAAGUAGUGCACUAUAAAGGGGAUAGGGUGCUAUUUGGGACUCUGCCCUUUUCCUCUAUGUAACUCUAUCGUCAUCUCGUCGAUGAAGUCAGCUAGUCAGCUCCCUCAAUACACAACCCUUUUGAUUGAGCACCUCGGUGCGAGGUGCAAAUAUUGAAACAAUCGCGCGGUGACAAGCAUGGAUUACCCCGCGGUGAGUUUUAUUUGUUUGUCACGGAGUCGACAAUUAAGCAUGUGGAGGUUUUAAAGAGACAAGGUGGAGUGUUGGAGGACUAAAUGAGACUGAUGAUACAUGAGAAUCUAUCUCGUAAUGACACUCUGAAUCCAAUCUGUUAUUAUGAGGAGCCAAUGCCUCUAACCCUUAGUUUGUUUACAGUAGUUCAUAAAAAUGAUUGGUGUUGUGGAUAUGAAUUGAGAUCAAUAAUUUAAUAAGAAAUCUCCUUUCAUCUCGUAAACAAUGAGGUCCUAAUCAGCUGUUUAUGUAAGCAUGGUCUACAAGUACAGUGCCUUCGGAAAGUACUCGUUACGUUACAGCCUUAUUCUAAAAUGGAUGAAAUUGUUCCUCCCCCUCAUCAAUCUACACACAAUACCCCAUAAUGGCAAAGCAAAAACUGGUUUUUAGACAUUUUUGCAAAUUUAUAUGAAGUAAAAUAAAACGGAAAUAUGACAUUUACAUAAGUAUUCAGACCCUUCACUAAGUACUUUGUUGAUGCCCCUUUGGCAGCGAUUACAGCCAUUCAGAGACUUGUCCCGAAGCCACUCUUGCGUUGUCUUGGCUGUGUGCUUAGGGUCGUUGUCCUGUUGGAAGGUGAAUCUUCGCCCCAGUCUGAGGUCCUGAUUGCUCUCGAGCAGGUUUUCAUCAAGGAUCUCUCUGUACUUUUGCUCCGUUCAUCUUUCCCUCGAUCCUGACUAGUCUCCCAGUCCCUGCCGCUCAAAACAUCCCGACAGCAGGAUGCUGCCACCACCAUGCUUCAUCGUAGGGAUGGUGCCAGGUUUCCUCCAGACGUGACGCUUGGCAUUCAGGCCAAAGAGUUCAAUCUUGGUUUCAUCAGACCAGAGAAUCUUGUUUAUCAUGGUCUGAGAGUACUUUAGGUGCCUUUUGGCAAACUCCAAGCAGGCUGUCAUGUGCCUUUUACUGAGGAGUGGCUUCCGUCUGGCCACUCUACCAUAAAGGCCUGAUUUGGUGGAGUGCUGCAGAGAUGGUUGUCCUUCUGGAAGGUUCUCCCAUCUCCACAGAGGAACUCUGGAGCUCUGUCAGAGUGAUCAUCGGGUUCUUGAUCACCUCCCUGACCAAGGCCCUUCUCCCCCGAUUGCUCAGUUUGGCUGGGCGGCCAGCCCUAGGAAGAGUCUUGGUGGUUCCAAACUUCUUCCAUUUAAGAAUCAUGGAGGCCACUGUAUUCUUGGGGACCUUCAAUGCUGCAGAAAUGUUUUGGUAACCUUCCCCAGAUCUGUGCCUCAACAUAAUCCUGUCUCGGAGCUCUCCGGACAAUUCCUUCGACCUCAUGGCUUGGUUUUUGCUCUGACAUGCACUGUCAACUGUGGGACCUUAUAUCGACAGGUGUGUGCCUUUCCAAAUCAUGUCCAAUCAAUUGAAUUUGCACAGGUGGACACCAAUCAAGUUGUAGAAACAUCUCAAGGAUGAUCAAUGGAAACAGGAUGCACCUGAGCUCAAUUUCGAGUCUCAUAGCAAAGGGUCGGAGUACUUAUGUAAGUGAGGUAUCUGUUUUUUAUUUGUAAUACAUUUAAAAAAUAAAUUAAUCUCUUUUCGCUUUGUCAUUAUUAUUGUGUGUAGAUUGAUGAGGAUACAAUUUUUUUUUUUUUUUUUUUUUAGAAUAAGGCUGUAACAAAACAAAAUUUGGAAAAAGGGAAGGGGUCUGAAUACUUUCCGAAUGCACUGUAAAUACUAAAGCAUAACCACCAAUAACUACAAUGUGAAAACAUACAGAGAAUGAACCAUUUAGGUCUAGUUUGGAAUGAUUUCUCAUAUAAAUGUUUUGUCUUUUUUUUUUUAUGCCUGCGGUAAUUGAGGAAACUGAGGAUAAUGACUUUGAACAAACUGAUGGAUUUGGCGAUAUCAAAAGAAAUGUGCCUAGAGGCUAAACUUCUGAGAAUCACCAACAUUUUUGUCUCUUUGUUCAGUUAUACAGUAUAAGACAGAGUGACGUCAAUAUCCUACUUUCUGUUUUCUGUGUUCCAGCCAUCCAACUUUAACAAAUAUCAUAUGUUUGUCUGUAUUGUAGGUAUCAAACCUUACCAGUAAUAUUGUACAUUUGAUCUGUGUUACGUUCCAGGUACAAAACCGUACCCCAAGUUCACAGCAGUCAUCCAUGCAGUCACCCCUCUGGUCUCCCAAUCCCAGCCCAUCCUCAAGCUGCUGGUGGCUGUUGCCAAAUCACAGUACUGUGCACAGGUAAGAAGCCACAAACGUGUGUGCACAUUCAUGUCCGUGUCCCUUCAAUUGUUGUAACACUCCCAAAACCCAAUAUUACUUCAACUGUGAGGGAUUUCAUAGCAUCAUUGCCGAGCCAGUUUUUAAAAGGACAUUUCUCAAGCACCGGUAGAGAACCAACGUCUUUCUCUACCACCUCGGAGUUAACUCCUGUGGAUUGAAUUGGGCAUCUGUCUCUAUGACACCAACUCCAUCUCUCUCACUGUGUGCGUGCAUGUGCCUGUGCGGGCGUGUCCGUCUGAAAGCCCCGUGGCUCAGCUGGAUACAAUAAGUAUUGAUCCCUUCAUUGGUUUUAACCAGGGCUGGGUGAAUUAAACCAAGUCAUCCCCCCCGAUAGCUGUGUAUACUAUAGUGUGUUAUACACACUCCACCCUAAUGCUUCUUAAAUGUUUCCCAACGUGUAGGGAGGUGUGCAACCCUCCCUUCUAUAUAGAAGUGCUUUGUAUUCUAGAUUGCAGGCUCCCUAUGCAAAGCUGAGAGCCAGGUACAUAUGAAAAGUAUCAACAUUUUAUAUCUCACUCUCAGCCCACAAAGACUUCCAUGUUGAGGGGGCCGGGAAGUGGAGAAGAGCGGGAUAUAAAUAAAUGAAUGGGAGGGAGAGAAUGAAAGAGAAAAUGGGGAGAGAGAGAGGGUGGGGACAGAGAAUUUGGAGCAAGAACGCUUUUGAGACGGCGCUGGCAGAGACAUGCAUGCAGAGAUUGUGGACUUCCUGCUGUGAGUGCGUGUGUUCCACAGUUUUACAGAGGAACUGUGUGUGUCGCUCACAUCACUGGCACACAUAUAUGGGCCCCGUGUAGCUCAGUUGGUAGAGCAUGGCGCUUGCAACGCCAGGGUUGUGGGUUCGAUUCCCACGGGGGGCCAGUAUGAACAAAAAAACGAAUAACUGUAAGUCGCUCUGGAUAAGAGCGUCUGCUAAAUUACUAAAAUGUAAAAACAUAUACACACACUCAUACUGAAACACACACUGAAACACAUACGCAACACACUAAACUUAUGAUACCAACAUUUUAGAAUACCGUAGUACCGUUUCAUAUGAUACUACCAACAUUUCGGACCUACCGAGCUAAAGAAGCCACUGGCGCCUGUUAUAAAAUGGUUAUAAAGUCAGUUGUUUAUAAGUUCAGUAAAAAAAAAUAAGCAACAUCAGCUAGUCUCUUGUAUACACUGGUCCAAUAAUGUCCACUUCACUUUCAUGUGCAUAUCAGCCGCAUCCCCUACUGUUACGGUGACCGUAAUAACGCCACACCGGCGGUCACAAAUCAUGACGGCAGUCAAAUUCCACGUGACCGUUUAGUAAAGGUAAUUAGGCUUCUCCAAGCUCUGAUGCUACUGAUGGUCAUUAGUAGCCUAACAAACUUGCUAACUGUCUAGGUACUCAGCUCUCUAUUGUCCCUCUAAUCACGCUGACAUCAAUGCAAAUGUAAUCAAACAUCUAAUCAAACACUUCAUGAGAGCCUAUGAGCUCAUGUUGCGCAACAUUUCUAUACGCUAUGCAAUUGGGUGAGAAAUCAGUUUUGAUGGCCUCUUAAAAAGAGGAGGAUCCCAUCAGCUUUCUAUAGGCUAGGCCUACUAUAUUUAUUUCUCAACUUUCCUAAUAUUAAGCACAUUGCUUUUCUUUACAACAGGAGUAUAGCCUACCUGGCUGGUAUGAAAAUGAACCACGGGAAAAGCAUCCUCCAUUCGCUAUUUAAGUGCAUAGAUUGCAUGUUUUUUUUCGAGACAGGUGCAUGAUAAUGGUCCAUUCUAAAUCAAAACAAAUUUCACACAUAUAUUAUUUAGUACACGUAUGUGGACACCCUUUCAAAUGAAUGGAUUCGGCUAUUUCAGCCACACCCGUUGGUGACAGGUGUAUAAAAUCAAGCACAGAGCCAUGCAAUCUCCAUAGAAAACAUUGGCAGUAGAAUGGCCUUACUAAAGAGCUCAGUGACUUUCAACGUGGUACUGUCAUAGGAUGCCACCUUUCCAACAAGUAAGUUUGUCAAAUUUCUGCCCUGCUAGAGCUGCCCCGGGAAACUGUAAGUGCUGUUAUUGUGAAGUGGAAACAUUGCUGCACUUAUAAUGUGAAGAAAUAGCCUAAUAGUUUAUCAACAUUUUAAGUUAAAUGCUCUGAUCUGUUACAUCGGCCUCAUUGCUUUUAAACGUUUUUUUGAUGCUAGUGGUUGUAUUAAGUUGGGAUAUAUCGCAUUGCACAACUGUCCCAGACUAUGUUUGGAAUAUUUAUUUCUCGCACAGAAUAGAAUAGGUCAAUAUUUGUACUAUGGGGAAUCGUAGAUUGACAUAGGCUAGUGCUUUUGUUGUUCGUUAGGCCUACUCAUCUUGUUAGCUGUCAAACAGUAGAUUUGGACAGUUCUUCCAACAUCUUCAAUAUGCGGCUCGGAAUUCGAUAAGGAUACGUGCAGUUGCGUCCCCGAUGUGUCGGUCUUCACUUGUAGCCUGUGAGAAGGACCCGAGAUUCUGUAAGAAGGACCCGAUCACGUGACGGCAUUGGCUAAUAAGAAUUGAGAUAUCUGAGAGAGCCAUGGGAGUGAGAGGUGCUUCGGAGCACGCAGCCGGGAGAAGGGAAUUAUAAUUAUUAUAUUCAGCCCAAGAGCAUGUGCGCACUCCCAUAAUCGUUUGGUAGAAAAUAUCCUUUCUAUUUUAUUCAGCUUUGUUCAAUUGUAUUCUUCAUACUAUAAUAUACAAAUAAUUCCACAAUUCUAAGCAAGUCUUGUCUGCUAAAUGAACUAGUGUAGCCCACAGCCAUAUGGCAUAGCCAGAUCAGGGCCUAACAUAAGGACAACUCAGAGUAUGCUAUUCUGUUCUUUUGAAAUAAACUACAUUUUUGUUUCUUUGAAAUAAACUACAUUCAUGUUUCUUUAGACCUGUCUAAAAUAAAUAAUGGUUUUAUUGUGCUAGUGUAGGCUAUUUAACAUGGAUUUAUUAGACUUUUUUAAAUGUAGAUGUUCCAAACGUCUGCAUCAGUAGUUUGUAGGCUAAGCGUGGAAGCCAGGAGAUGCUAAAUGUGUUUAUGUUAAUUAAUGGUCAAUUACCGUGAGACCGGCAGUUAUUUGCUUGACAAUCACUGUCUGACAAAAUGUCAUGACUGCCACAGCCCUAUCCCCUACCAGCCCUCACUCACCUGCUUCUCUCCAUCCGCUCUUCCUGCACAUCUAUUCCUCCAUCAGUUUUUAAAAUAUAAUUUAGCCUUGAUGGCGAGCGGGGAUGGAGACCCUGAUCAGUCUUCUGUUGUUACAUUUGUACAUUUUAUACAUUGGAGCAGUGCGCAGAGUGAGCAACAUUAAUACAUUGUAUAUAAUUUCAUCCCUGAUAUAACCAAGAGCACAGGCCAGUCUGAGUAUAGGCUUUGCAAGUUCGCUGUCAUGCAGCAGUGCCAGAGAGGAAAAACAGCUUUGCUACAGGCAUGCUUGCAGCUUUAUAGCAAAGAAAACGGCUUGUCCCCCCACAAUUUUGCACGCAUUUGAUAUAAUUUCACAAACCAUGUAGCGGGCCAUUUUAAACCUAAUCCCGGCCCGCUAAUUAUUGGUUUGAUAACAAACAACGUUGUUCAGUCAUGUUACCUAGCUAGUAAACAACCUGGUAACUAUGCAAAUUUGAUUGGCACAGGAAGAAAGGAUAAGAGUCUGCUACUCAUGAGAUGCUUCAAAGGUAGGAUUCAUAUAGGCCUAACUAUAUCAAAAAUCUUUCUGUUUCUGGUGCUCCUUACAUUGUGUUUGGUGCUUAACCUUUUUAAAGUUGGGAGCAGUGUGUGUUUGGGAGAGAGGUGUGUAUAUGUUUAUGAGAGAGAGGCAGACACAGAGAGAGUGUGUGAGGGAGGGAGAGUGUCUGUGUGUUAACUGAAGAGUAGAAGGUUUCAUGCAGUGUUUUCCCCUUACUGCCACAAUGACAUUCAGAUCAUUAUGCAUGUAUAUUCCUUCCUCCCAGUCCUCCAGCCAAAUCACAGGUUGCCUUUGCAAAUAUGAGCAAAUUAGCCCUUCUAUGCAGUAUUCUAUUAUACAGUGAACAGUGUGAAGUUUAAAUUCAAUAUGUGUUGUGUUGAGUAAAAGUGUGAAUAUCAGAGACAGGUUUUUUGUGUAGCACAUAACGUUUAGAAAACGGGAACAAGCGUCAGGCGGAUGGGGCGAACAGGACGCUAGUCCACAGAAGUUUUCCCCUGUGGUAUCGCAAUACUACUCGGUAUUGUGAUACUUGGCCUGGUAUUGUUAGUAAAAUGUUGGUAUCGUGACAACACUAAUGUGGACGGGUGUCAAAGUGAAGUGUAUCGUUAAGGUUAACUCAAGGUAUAAUUACAUGUUAGGGAAGGCAGUCACAGGGGCACACAGUUCCCAUGUAGCCCCCAUGUAACCCCCAUGUAACAUGAUCUGAGGCGCUAUUGUUGAAAAGAUUAAAAGGAAUCCUACUUAAGACGUUUUGGCUCUCAAUUCAAUGUAACGGUGGGGUGUUUGGAUGGAUUUAAAUGUCAGAUGUUAUGUUUUUAAUUGGAUAAUGAAAUGUUGAAUGUAGUGUGAUGUGGUUAAUAAAUUAAAAUGAAGUGUAAUUUUAGAAAGUAAUAUCUGUGAUUCUCAUGUGAUCUUUCUCCCUCCACCUUUAACUCCCCCACCCCUUCUAUCUUCUCAAUCGCUGUUUCUGUCACCAUCUCUCUUUCUCUUUCUUUCUCUCCCCCCCCCCCCCCGUCUCAGAUCAUUGUGCUGUGGAACUGUGACAAGCCUCUCCCUGCUAAGCACCGCUGGCCUGCCACCUCCGUGCCCGUCAUUGUCAUCGAGGGAGAAAACAAGGUGAGCCUGCCUCGCACGCAUGUCCUUUCAAGAGCUGGGCCGCCAUUUUGGUUUCUCUACGCUCUCAAAUAAAAUGCCUUCAUUUUGGCUUCACUGCGCCCCCAAGCCUUGUUCAGUGCCAUCAUUUUGGCGUAUCUAUGCUUUGAUCAUUUGACAACUUGACCACAGAGUUUCUGAACCCAGAAGCCCAACAUCGCAAUACUUCCGGGAACGCUUCGCGAAGCAGAGUCGACAAACCAGAGCGGGGUUUGGGAAAUCAUUGAGAGAAGUGAAAAAUUCUUCCUUAGUUUAUUUUCUCGUUUUCUAAAGGUACAACCUAGAUUCAAGCCAAUGUCUUAAGUAGCUGAACAUGUUAUUACUCCAACCUCGUGAAAUUGACAAACUGACACGUUUUCAUUUUUGUCAGAAACAACUUUAUAUUUUGAUUUGACGGCCUGUAAAUGUGCAGUUCGGCGCGACAACCCUUAGACCCAAUGAUGUGUUUCUACGCAUGAGCUUAGCUAGCUAACGUCGCCAUGACAUCGCCUUCAAGUGUGAUCAGGGAUUUCUAUUGGAGAAGCAGUUUCUAGGCAUCUUCAGACUGUACUGUCUUUGACUUAACCUUAUGACUUUGGUGCUGCAUAACGCUGUCAUAUGCAUGACAUAGCAGAUGUCAUAAGCUGACAGCUUACUUUGCAAUUCCAUGCCACAGACCAUUGUUUAGGUGAAGUAAGUUGUCAAGGAAAUAACCUCUAACAGUCUUUUAUGACAUUAUCUUGACAACGCUUUGUAGUCUGUCAGUGUUCCGUAGGGGGUUCGACUAAAGCGUCUUGGCCUCUAUGCCCUCAUCGUGAGAGGUCAAAGUUGACACAGGAAGUGUGAUCUGAGUCAGUAGUUUGAGAGGCUGAAGUUGAGAGCCAGUAGCACUGCCUCACUCACUCUAACACCACAACAACUUUUGUUGAGCUGUCAAUCAACCCAAGUGGUUUCUUUCACUCGUCAGUCACAACGGAGUGGGCAGGGUUUUGGUUUCUCUCCACGUCCCUGAGUGGUUUUUUUACGCUGUCAAUAACAGAGGGAGCGUUGUUUUGGGCUGUGGGUCGGCGACAACAGCUGGAUUUGAGUACCAGCCGGGUCUGUGGUUUGUUGUGCUUGCGGCUGGCUCGUUGUUUACUGCGGCGGACCCAGCCAAACAGGGUGAGGCUCUCUGAGCCACCAGCUUGGAGGUUGGUAGUGGGGGCACAGAAGGAGAGGAGAGCUAUUCCUGGUCUCACUGGGCUGGCAUGGUGGCCAUGCAGGCACUGCUUUACGACUCUAAAGCUUAACACUAGAACCGCUAAAUCAGUCAUUUUGACUGCAUGAUUUUAAUUGUUUUAUUACUCAGCCAAUUUUUAAUGUCAUGCCCCCCUCCGUCCUUGACUUUUCCUAAAUAAGUCUAUAUAACACUGUCGUUGUUAGAAUCUUUUUUUUAUAUAUAUAUAUAUAUAUAUAUAUAUAUAUUUUUUUUUUUUAGGGGGUAGAUCAGCUUUAAUAUUUCAGAUUGUAACUUCCAUCAAUGUAAUUGUCUGCAUCACUUCCAAUCCCCCAUGUUUUUUUUCUCACAAAUAUAUACAUACAUACAUACAUACAUACAUACAUACAUACAUACAUACAUACAUACAUACAUACAUACAUACAUACAUACAUACAUACAUACAUACAUACAUACAUACAUACAUACAUAUAUAAGGUUGAAGUCGGACGUUUACGUACACCUUAGUGAAAUACAUUUAAACUCUGUUUUUCACAAUUCCUGACAUUUAAUCCUAGUAAAAAUUCCCUGUCUUAGGUCAGUUAGGAUCACCACUUUAUUUUAAGAAUGUGAAAUGUAAGAAUAAUAGUAGAGAGAGAUUUAUUUUAGCUUUUAUUUCUUUCAUCACAUUCCCAGUGGGUCAGAAGUUUACAUACACUCAAUUAGUAUUUGGUAGCAUUGCCUUUAAAUUGUUUAACUUGGGUCAAACGUGUUGGGUAGCCUUCCACAAGCUUCCCACAAUAAAGUUGGGUGAAUGUUGGCCCAUUCCUCCUGACAGAGCUUGUGUAACUGAGUCAGGUUUGUAGGCCUCCUUGCUCGCACACGCUUUUUCAGUUCUGCCCACACAUUUUCUAUAGGAUUGAGGUCAGGGCUUUGUGAUGGCCACUCCAAUACCUUGACUUUGUUGUCCUUAAGCCAUUUUGCCACAACUUUGGAAGUAUGCUUGGGGUCAUUGUCCAUUUGGAAGACCCAUUUGCGACCAAGCUUUAACUUCCUGACUGAUGUCUUGAGAUGUUACUUCAAUAUAUCCACAUAAUUUUCCUUCCUCAUGAUGCCAUCUAUUUUGUGAAGUGAACUAGUCCCUCCUGCAGCAAAGCAUCCCCACAGCAUGAUGCUGCCACCCCUGUGCGUCACGGUUGGGAUGGUGUUCUUCGGCUUGCAAGCGUUCCCCUUUUUCCUCCAAACAUAACGAUUGCCAUUAUGGACAUUUCUCCAAAAAGUAAGAUCUUUGUCCCCAUGUGCAGUUGCAAACCGUAGUCUGGCUUUUUUAUGGCGGUUUUGGAGCAGUGGCUUCUUCCUUGCUGAGCGGCCUUUCAGGUUAUGUCGAUAUAGGACUCGUUUUACUGUGGAUUUAGAUACUUUUGUACCUGUUUCCUCCAGCAUCUUCACAAGGUCCUUUGCUGAGUUGCACUUUUUGCACCAAAGUACGUUCAUCUCUUGGAGACAGAACACGUCUCCUUCCUGAGCGGUAUGACGGCUGCGUAGUCCCAUGGUGUUUAUACUUGCAUACUAUUGUUUGUACAGAUGAAUGUGGUACCUUCAGGCGUUUUGGAAAUUGCUCCCAAGGAUGAACCAGACUUGUGGAGGGCUACAAUUAUUUUUCUGAGGUCUUGACUGAUUUCUUUUGAUUUUUCCAUGAUGUCAAGCAAAGAGGCACUGAGUUUGAAGGUAGGCCUUGAAAUACAUCCACAGGUACACCUCCAAUUGACUCAAAUGAUGUCAAUUAGCUUAUCAGAAGCUUCUAAAGCCAUGACAUAAUUUUCUGGAAUUUUCCAAGCUGUUUAAAGGCACAGUCAACUUAGUGUAUGUAAACUUAUGACCCACUGGAAUUGUGAUACAGUGAAUUAUAAGUGGAAUAAUCUGUCUGUAAACAAUUUUGUCAUGCACAAAGUAGAUGUCCUAACCGACUUGCCAAAACUAUAGUUUGUUAACAAGAAAUUUGUGGAGUGGUUGAAAAACUAGUUUUAAUGACUCCAACCUAAGUGUAUGUAAACUUCCGACUUCAACUGUAUAUAUAUAUAUAUACAGUGGGGGAAAAAAGUAUUUAGUCAGCCACCAAUUGUGCAAGUUCUCCUACUUAAAAAGAUGAGAGGCCUGUAAUUUUCAUCAUAGGUACACGUCAACUAUGACAGACAAAUUGAGAGAAAAAAAUCCAGAAAAUCACAUUGUAGGAUUUUUUAUGAAUUUAUUAGCAAAUUAUGGUGGAAAAUAAGUAUUUGGUCACCUACAAACAAGCAAGAUUUCUGGCUCUUACAGACCUGUAACUUCUUCUUUAAGAGGCUCCUCUGUCCUCCACUCGUUACCUGUAUUAAUGGCACCUGUUUGAACUUGUUAUCAGUAUAAAAGACACCUGUCCACAACCUCAAACAGUCACACUCCAAACUCCACUAUGGCCAAGACCAAAGAGCUGUCAAAGGACACCAGAAACAAAAUUGUAGACCUGCACCAGGCUGGGAAGACUGAAUCUGCAAUAGGUAAGCAGCUUGGUUUGAAGAAAUCAACUGUGGGAGCAAUUAUUAGGAAAUGGAAUGGUCCUCUGUAGCUCAGCUGGUAGAGCACGGCGCUUUUAACGCCAAGGUAGUGGGUUCGAUCCCCGGGACCACCCAUACACAAAAAAAAUGUAUGCACGCAUGACUGUAAGUCGCUUUGGAUAAAAGUGUCUGCUAAAUGGCAUAUUAAUUAAUAUUAAUACAAGACCACUGAUAAUCUCCCUCGAUCUGGGGCUCCACGCAAGAUCUCACCCCGUGGGGUCAAAAUGAUCACAAGAACGGUGAGCAAAAAUCCCAGAACCACACGGGGGGGACCUAGUGAAUGACCUGCAGAGAGCUGGGACCAAAGUAACAAAGCCUACCAUCAGUAACACACUACGCCGCCAGGGACUCAAAUCCUGCAGUGCCAGACGUGUCCCCCUGCUUAAGCCAGUACAUGUCCAGGCCCGUCUGAAGUUUGCUAGAGUGCAUUUGGAUGAUCCAGAAGAGGAUUGGGAGAAUGUCAUAUGGUCAGAUGAAACCAAAAUAUAACUUUUUGGUAAAAACUCAACUCGUCGUGUUUGGAGGACAAAGAAUGCUGAGUUGCAUCCAAAGAACACCAUACCUACUGUGAAGCAUGGGGGUGGAAACAUCAUGCUUUGGAGCUGUUUUUCUGCAAAGGGACCAGGACGACUGAUCCGCGUAAAGGAAAGAAUGAAUCGGGCCAUGUAUCGUGAGAUUUUGAGUGAAAACCUCCUUCCAUCAGCAAGGGCAUUGAAGAUGAAACGUGGCUGGGUCUUUCAGCAUGACAAUGAUCCCAAACACACCGCCCUGGCAACGAAGGAGUGGCUUCGUAAGAAGCAUUUCAAGGUCCUGGAGUGGCCUAUCCAGUCUCCAGAUCUCAACCCCAUAGAAAAUCUUUGGAGGGAGUUGAAAGUCCGUGUUGCCCAGCGACAGCCCCAAAACAUCACUGCUCUAGAGGAGAUCUGCAUGGAGGAAUGGGCCAAAAUACCAGCAACAGUGUGUGAAAACCUUGUGAAGACUUACAGAAAACGUUUGACCUGUGUCAUUGCCAACAAAGGGUAUAUAACAAAGUAUUGAGAAACUUUUGUUAUUGACCAAAUACUUAUUUUCCACCAUAAUUUGCAAAUAAAUUCAUUAAAAAUCCUACAAUGUGAUUUUCUGGAGAAAGAAAUUCUCAUUUUGUCUGUCAUAGUUGACGUGUACCUAUGAUGAAAAUUACAGGCCUCUCUCAUCUUUUUAAGUGGGAGAACUUGCACAAUUGGUGGCUGACUAAAUACUUUUUUCCCCCACUGUAUAUAGAUAUAGAUACACACAUACAUAUACAUACAUCCAUACACACACACACACACACAUCCUUUUUAAAAUUAUAUUUCCCUUCAUUACUUUCCAACCCCACCACCCCUUCCCCAAUUGGAGUAAACUAGUGAACAACAAUGCUUAGGCCUCUACUUCCAGCCCAUACAUACUAUAUACAUUUUAUGGACACAGUCAAAUUCUACAAUAAUUCUAUUUUGUUUGUUUUUACUCCUGAACUUCCUCCGAUCAUUUUCAUGAUGUCCAUCUGGUUUGCUUCUAUAUUCCAUAUUUGUCUAACUGUGCUCUUUCACAAAAGCUCUCAACCUAUAACCUAUAUACAUAUUAUGAACACAGUAUGCUUUACAUUAGUUAUCUUGUUGUUAUUAGUCCCAUCCUUCAGCUCCAUUCAACACCUCCCAUCUAUCUCUUAACACCAUCCAUAUUGGAUUUCUAUUUGCCAUAUAAUUUUCAACUGUACUGUAAUGUUUUACAAAAGUUCUGAACCUUUCUAUUCUCAUUGUUUCAACAGAUCGUAAAUUGAAUAUAAAUAUUUUUGCUAAAAGUAUUAUUAUAUUAUUGAUCGAUUGACUAUGACUUUUUAGAUCACCCAGUAGUGCUAUCUGCAGGGUUAGCUCCAGGUAAAUAUUGCAAUCCUUUAGCCAUUCCUGGACCUGUGUCCAAAAACAAGCUACAAAUGGACAGUGCCAAAACAAAUGAUCUAAUGAUUCUGUCUCUUCGCAGCAAAAUCUGCAGAACUGGGAAUAUUGUAUCCCCCAUAUAAAUAACGUUCUAUUGGUAGCAAGAAUUUUAUAUAAUUUAAAUUGAAAAAUUCUAAGUUUUGAAUCCGGCGUCGUUUUGCGUAUCAAUUCAUAAACACUAUGCCAACUAUUUUGCAAACACUUCCCAACUAUUUUGCAAUUGUUGUUAGAAUCUUAAUAUCACAAACAGAACUGGAGUUAUAACCAGUUUUAGGAGGGCAUGUCAUUUUUUGGACUGGUUUUCCCAGUUGCCCCUCCUUCUCCCAACAGUAGGGCCUAAUCUCCUUCUUCUCCCGACAGUGGAAAGUGCAGGGCCCAGCUGAUAAUCACCCGGAUAAUUGCCUCGAAACAGAACCUAAACUAUAUCGAAACUAAUUUCACACAUAUAACAACAGAUGAAAUAAAUUAAGUAAAGUAUGAUGGGGAGAAUGGGUGAGUUGAUGAGCGAGGGGAAGCGAAAGAGGCAUAAUUAUGUAAUCACCAAUUGUGAAUGAAGAACAGGGCGGGCCAUUCUAUUGUAUUGAUCCAUUCUAAUUAUAAUCUUAAAAUGGUAUGUACCCUAUAUCAGUCCACCGAAUCAAAGCAGUCUUAACAGUCUACUCUGGCCUACUUGGAGUAGGCUACACAGCGAGAGUGUGCAUAAUUGUAUAUGCUGAAUGGAUUUCAAUAUCUGGGAAAAGAUCCACAUCCGGCAGCAGGUGAGUGAGUGUCGGAAAAUGUGGUUUUGAGGCUUGUGGAACCUUACGUUGGCAAAGGGAGAAAUGUCACCAUGGACAAUUUCUUCACUUCAUUGGCGAACAAGUUGUGUCAGUGUGUCAAGCAAGUGAAAGUUACGAAGAUUUGUGUCAACUGUUGGGACAAGGGGUAACAGCUAAAUGAAAUCCAACUGAUGCCAUUGCGUGAAGACACACACCAUGUAAGCACAAGCUGACAAUAAUUGACUAUUUUUGAUUUAUUUUGUGCUGAUUGUCACUAUCAAGGCCACUUGGCGCUUAUAAUGAUGUUUAGGCUACUGAGCUGUUACCGUGUUCCAACACUUAUGCUUUCUGUUUUAUAGUUGUAACAAAGGCAUUCCACCCAAAACUUUGAUUUGAACACUUUUUUUGUGUUUUUAGUGGGUUUUAGUUUUUACAUAGCUUACAGUAACAUAAACUAUUUAAAAUGCUGUUGUUAUUUUAAAUAAAUAAAACAAUCGUAUUCUGCUAUCCAAGAUCUUCAUAAACAACCAAAUUAUUAUGAAAUGUAUUAAUUACACUGUUAGAAUGUUGCAGUCAGAAUGACUGCUCAUUAGCUUGAAGCGGGAGUCCCUCAAGACCCAGCGGUUCUAGUGUUAAGCACCCGCGAGCCACCCAACAGUGUUAUUGUGGUGUACACAACACAUUUUGUUGGCUCUCAGUGUCUCUUUCUCUGUCUUUCUUUACCCUCUCUCGCUAUACGGCACUGUUUUUCUCUCUCUGCCUUUCCUAUUUCCCCUCUUUCUCUCUUCCCCUCUCUCUCUCUCUCUGAGGAAUGCUGGAAGAUGAUUCCUCCUCUAAGAGCUCACAUUCCUAGUGCGUACAAGCCCCCCCCCCCCACACACACACACACACGCACCAGUGGAGGCUCCUCAGAGGAGGAAGGGGAGGUCCAUCCUCCUCAGUGAAUUUAAUAAAAAAUAGAAAUUGUAAAACAUUUAAAAAGUUAUCCUUUUUAGAUAAAACUAUACUAAAUAUAAUCACGUCACCAAAUAAUUGAUUAAAACACACUAUGUUGCAAAGACAGUAGCCUCUGACACACACACACUAGACUUUAUAUAAGCAGCAGCUUUUCGAAAGAACAUGGAUUCUUGGAAUGACCUGACCUUCAGAGCGGAGUGUGUCUCCAGAGAAAAGGUUACAAGGAAGUGGGCGGCUGUUAUAUGGAGCGUUUGAAAGGAGGGGAGGGGGGAGGGGGGGGGGGGGUGAAGUGUCUGUGUGUACCGUGCAUGUGUGUGGUUCUGUGGCUGAAUGUGAGUGCGUGAGGCUGUGGGUAUGUGUGGGAGGUGUUUGAUUUCUAGUGAAUAUACAUGAUACAUACACUUAAGUGUGUGUUUAUCCACCCUUGGCUUUCAGCUCAGUCAGUAAAUGUAUGCAUGUACUGUAUACAUAUCCACAUAUCAUUAAGACAGCAUUUGACCUACCUAGUGUGGCCCUCCACCCACCCACCGACCCUAGCUACCCGUACUAUACUAAGUAUACAUAUAUUUGUUACAAUAUUUAAAGCUGUCAUACAGUAUAUUAUAGAAAUUGAAAAUGCAGGUUUGUCACAAUCAGGAAAGGGAAAAUUGCCAUGUGUAAGAUUACUACUUGUGCUAGUGUGUUUGUAGGGUUUCACAAUAUUCAAGCAAAUAUUCUCAAUCUAUUCUAUAGGUGAGGUUUCCACCAUAAUAUUACCAUAUUCAUAACUGGUCACGAAAGGAGAGUAGAAGACUAAAGGAACCAAUUCAUUCAUGUCUAUUGGGACAAAUCUAUCCAGUGCUUUAUGUAUUGCCAUCCCACCCUUGUGCUGUGCUGUUGUAAUAUAUACUGAACAAAAAUAUAAAUGCAACAUGUAAAGUAUUGGUGUUUCAUGAGCUGAAGUAACAUUUCUCAGAAGCGUAUGUCUCUCAAAUUCUGUGCACAAAUUGGUUUACAUCCCUGUUAGUGAGCAUUUCUCCUUUACCAAGAUAAUCCAUCCACCUGACAGGUGUGGCAUAUCAAGAAGCUGAUUAAACAGCAUGAUCAUUACACAGGUGCACCUUGUGCUGGGGACAAUAAAAGGCCACUCUAAAAUGUGCAGUUUUGUCACACAACACAAUGCCACAGAUGUCUAAAGUUUUUUGUUCAGUAUAUAAUAAUAUAUGCCAUUUAGCGACAUUUUACGUACGGGUGGUCCCGGGAAUUGAACCCUCUAUCUUGGCGUUGCAACUGCCUUGCGCAACCAACUGAGCUACAGAGGACAGUGUGCUGACCCUGUGUGCUCUCUGUCUCCCUAUGCAGGUGAUGAGCAGUCGCUUCCUGCCCUACGAGACCAUUGUCACCGAUGCCGUGCUCAGCCUGGAUGAGGACACUGUGCUCUCAACCACAGAGGUUAGUGUUCCUCCACACAUCACUAUGGAUACUGCCUACUACUAUGUCGGAAUGGGGACUACUUUCUCUCUAGAGUUCUGGUGCUCUCCCCUGCUUUUCUAACGUCCCCUCACUCCACCUCAUGCUGUUUGUUGUUGUUGUGGCCACUCUCUCCCCCCCUUCUUCUCUCUCAUUUUCUCCUUCUCUCUCCUUACAUUUUAGUCAUUUAGCAGACGCUCUUAUCCAGAGCGACUUACAGUUAGUGAGUGCAUAUAUUUUCAUACUCUCCUUCUGUCUCUGUAUCAUUCCCCUAUCUCUCUUACAAUCUCUCAACCCUCUUUCUCUUUGUCUCUCUCUCUUGCUACCCUCCCUCCCUCCCGCCCUGUCAGUGUAGUGGCACACCAGGCUGCUGUAGCCUCAGCUCUGCUGAUGUGGGAUAAUGAUGAUGUCACUGUUGGCAUGACUCCAGGGCCCUCAGUGCUUUGUGUGGUGCUGUGUCAGCACAGGGACCAGUGGUGUAGUGCUACUUUUUUAGGUGCGGGAGCGCAUAUUCUUUUUAAUGACGUCAUCAUUUCCUCAAUCAAAGUUUGUACCGACAGAUGUAGCCAAUUGAAUAAUUUAUCAUUAUAGAAUAUGCAUAAAAUGCAUAAUCCAAUUGCAAUGUCUGCCUAUGGCCACACAUAUUGUCUAAAGAACAUUUUCUAUUUUUAAAACCCUCAAACACCAAGUUAGGCAUUUCAAAAUAGGCCAUCACUGUUAGUUGUGAAUGAUAAUUCUUCACGUUUUACCAGUGAAACGUUCAAACUGCAUCUCCAUGCCAAUCAUUUGAUUGAUCUCAAUCCGUUUCAUUGGAAUAUGCAUUUAUAUCUUCUUGAAUUACUGUUUCGUGAGCGAAUUAGAGCAGAUGAUGUUAACAAACUAUUAGCCUGCCUUGUAGGCUACAGUGCCUUCAGAAAGUAUUCACACCUCUUGACGUUUUCCACAUUUUGUUUUUACAAAGUGAGAUUAAAAUGGAUUAAAUUGUCUUUUUUUUAAUCAACGAUCUACACAAAAUACUUUUUUUUAAUGGAACAUAAAACCCUAAUAUGUUUUGAUUUAGAUAAGUAUUCAACCCCUUGAGUCAAUACAUGUUAGAAUCACCUUUGGCAGCGAUUACAGCUGUGAGUCUUGCUGGGUAAGUCUCUAAGAGCUUUGCAAAUCUGGAUUGUAGAAUAUUUGCCCAUUCUUUUUUAAAUUCAAGCUCUGUCAAGUUGGUUGUUGAUCAUUGCUAGAGAGCCAUUUUUUCAAGACUCGCCAUAGAUUUUCAAGCUGAUUUAUGUCAAAACUGUAAUUAGGCUACUCAGGAACAUUCAGUGUCGUCUUGGUAAGUAACGCCAGUGUAUAUUUGGCCUUGCGUUUUAGGUUAUUGUCCUGCUGAAAGGUGAAUUUGUUUCCCAGUGUCUGUUGGAAAGCAGACUGAACCAGGUUUUCCUCUAGGAUUUUGCCUGUGCUUAGCUCUAUUCCGUUUAUUUCUAUCCUAAAAAACUGCCUAGUCCUUGCCAAUGACAAGCAUAACCAUAACAUGAUGCAGCCACUACCAUGCUUGAAAAUAUGAAGAGUGGUACUCGGUGGUGUUGGAUUUGCCCCAAACAUAAUGCUUUGUAGUCAGGACAAAAAGUUCAUUUCUUUGCUACAUUUUACUUUCACAAUUACUUUUGUGCCUUAUUGAACAUUUUGGAAUGUUUUUAUUCUGUACAGGCUUCCUCCUUUUCACUCUGUCAUUUAGGUUAGUGUUGUGGAGUAACUACAAUGUCUCCUAUCACAGCCAUUUAACUCUGUAACUGGUUUUAAAAUCACCAUUCGGUUUCCUUCCUCCUGUAUCUUUGUAGUGACUGGGUGUAGUGCUACACCAUCCAAAGUGUAAUUAAUAAUUUCAUCAUGCUCAAAAGGAUAUUCAAUGUCUGCUUUUUUUUAAAUUUUACUAAUCUACCAUUAGGUGCCGUUCUUUGCGAGGCAUUGGGAAAACCUCUCUGGUUGUUGAAUCUGUGCUUGAAAUUCAUUGCUUGACUGGGGGACCUUACAGAUAAUUGUAUGUGUGGGGUACAGAGAUGGGGUAGUCAUAAAAAAAAUGUUGAACACCAUUAUUGCACACCGAGUUAGUCCAUGCAACUUAUUAUUUGACUUGUUAAGCAAAUGUUUACUCCUGAACUUAUUUAGGCUUGCCAUAACAAAGGGGUUGAAUACUUAUUGACUGAAGACAUUUCAGAUUUUCAUGUUUUAUUAAUUAAUUCUAAGAACAUUAUUCCACUUUGACAUUAUGGGGUAUUGUGUGUAGAUCAUUGACACAAUCAAAAUUGAAUCAAUUUUAAAUUCAGGCUGUGUAACAACAAAAUGUGGAAAAAGUCAAGGGUUUUGAAUAUUUUCUGAAGGCAGUAUAUUUUGUUUUCAAUCAAACCAUAUGAGAUUUGCCAGCGAUAAUUUUUUUGGGACUAUUCAGCUUCAGCUAAUCCUAAAAUCUCCUUAGAAGUUAGGUGUUUUUGGUGUAACGUUAUAGUCCUACUAUGCUAUGGUAUUAUAUUUGGUUCUGUUAUGUAAAAUGCAAAUUAAUCAUUGUGAUCUUGCGAGACAUUGAUUUAGCUUUGAUCUAACUUUACUAAACAAGCACCAUUGUGAGAAGUGAUAAUCUUCUAUUUGUUACAAUAAUAAUAAGUGAUGAGUAGCACUAUUACAGUGAGGGAAAAAAGUAUUUGAUCCCCUGCUGAUUUUGUACGUUUGCCCACUGACAAAGAAAUGGUCAGUCUAUAAUUUUAAUGGUAGGUUUAUUUGAACAGUGAGAGACAGAAUAACAACAAAAAAAUCCAGAAAAACGCAUGGCAAAAAUGUUAUAAAUUGAUUUGCAUUUUAAUGAGGGAAAUAAGUAUUUGACCCCCUCUCAAUCAGAAAGAUUUCUGGUUCCCAGGUGUCUUUUAUACAGGUAACGAGCUAAAAUUAGGAGCACACUCUUAAAGGGAGUGCUCCUAAUCUCAGCUUGUUACCUGUAUAAAAACACACCUGUCCACAGAAGCAAUCAAUCAGAUUCCAAACUCUCCACCAUGGCCAAGACCAAAGAGCUCUCCAAGGAUGUCAGGGACAAGAUUGUAGACCUACACAAGGCUGGAAUGGGUUACAAGACCAUCGCCAAGCAGCUUGGUGAGAAGGUGACAACAGUUGGUGCGAUUAUUCGCAAAUGGAAGAAACACAAAAUAACUGUCAAUCUCCCUCGGCCUGGGGCUCCAUGCAAGAUCUCACCUCGUGAUCAUGAUCAUGAGAACGGUGAGGAAUCAGCCCAGAAUUACACGGGAGGAUCUUGUCAAUGAUCCCAAGGCAGCUGGGACCAUAGUCACCAAGAAAACAAUUGGUAACACACUACGCCGUGAAGAACUGAAAUCCUGCAGCGCCCGCAAGGUCCCCCUGCUCAAGAAAGCACAUAUACAGGGCUGUCUGAAGUUUGCCAAUGAACAUCUGAAUGAUUCAGUGGAGAACUGGGUGAAAGUGUUGUGGUCAGAUGAGACCAAAAUCGAGGUCUUUGGCAUCAACUCAACUCGCCGUGUUUGGAGGAGGAAUGCUGCCUAUGACCCCAAGAACACCAUCCCCACCGUCAAACAUGGAGGUGGAAACAUUAUGCUUUGGGGGUGUUUUUCUGCUUAGGGGACAGGACAACUUCACCGCAUCAAAGGGACGAUGGACAGGGCCAUGUACCGUCAAAUCUUGGGUGAGAACCUCCUUCCCUCAGCCAGGGCAUUGAAAAUGGGUCGUGGAUGGGUAUUCCAGCAUGACAAUGACCCAAAACACACGGCCAAGGCAACAAAGGAGUGGCUCAAGAAGAAGCACAUUAAGGUCCUGGAGUGGCCUAGCCAGUCUCCAGACCUUAAUCGCAUAGAAAAUCUGUGGAGGGAGCUGAAGGUUCGAGUUGCCAAACGUAACCCUUGAAAUCUUAAUGACUUGGAGAAGAUCUGCAAAGAGGAAUGGAACAAAAUCCCUCCUGAGAUGUGUGCAAACCUGGUGGCUAACUACAAGAAAUGUCUGACCUCUGUGAUUGCCAACAAGGGUAUUGCCACCAAGUACCAAGUCAUGUUUUGCAGAGGGGUCAAAUACUUAUUUCCCUCAUUAAAAUGCUAAUCAAUUUUUAACAUUUUUGACAUGCGUUUUUCUGGAUUUUUUUGUUGUUAUUCUGUCUCUCACUGUUCGAAUAAACGUACCAUUAAAAUGAUAGACAGAUCAUGUCUUUGUCAGUGGGCAAACGUACAAAAUCAGCAGGGGAUGAAAUACUUUUUUCCCUCACUGUAGGUGUAGGCAACAGAUUUUGAUGAUAUGUCAUUUUAAGCGAUUGGAGCGACCUUCGUGGUGCUGAAAGGACAGUGCCAGGAUUGCGCAAUGAUAUUUCAGCUCAUGAAACAUGGGACUAGCACUUUACAUGUUGCGUUUAUAUUUUUGUUUAGUGUAAUUUAUUACAUUUUCCAGAAAUAGCUCGGUGUAUUCUCAAAUUGAAAAAUGUGAGGGAGCGCCACUCCUCCGUGCUCCGGGCAGCACUACACGCCUGACAGGGACCGAGCCUGGCUGGCUGGCCCUGUGAGAGUACAGAAAUGGGGAGAAAGAGAGUGAAAGUAUAGUGCGCUCCAAACCUACCUCUCUCACUGCCUCGCUGUGUGUCACUGUUGUCCCACAUACAACUUUCUCUUCCUCCCUCUCUUAAAUAGUACUUAGCGAUCCCUCUUUCUCAUUUUGCCCUCUUUAUCUCUAGCAAUUUAUCUUACUCUUUCUCCAUCCCUCCCACUCCUUACACUUUUCUCAUGUUCAUGCUUUCUCUCCAUUUCUUGCUCUCCCCAUCUCUCUUUCUCUACGUCUCUCUCUGUCUAAUUGGCAUCUUUAAUCACGCUGUGAUCCCCUGCAUAUUGAGGAAACCACCAUUGUGGCUGUUUAAUAAGUGUUUAAUUUCUGCUUCCUGGGGUGGCUUUUCUCUUCAUUCCUCGAGCUGAGUCAGGCACACAGUUUGGCAUAACACCAUGAGAACACAGAUGUUGCCGAGAUGAAGUUUUGAGUGGGAGCCCAUAAAUGCUGUUUUUGUGGCGACCCUGUGGCUGUUAUUACACACUCUUAAUUCAGUCUCUGGUGGAGGCACUGACUGUGUCCCAAAUGGCACCCUAUUCCCUACAUAGUGCACUACUUUUGACCACUUUUGACUACUUUUUCCCCUAUGAGCCCUGGUCAAAAGUAGUGUGCUAUAUUGGGAGUAAGGUGUCAUUUGGCACGCAGGCUCUGUUUGUCUGACUGCUGCCGGAACCAGCCUGACCCCGUCUGUUUUCUCUAAUUAUUUGUUUAAAUGCUUUGAUCAACCAGCGAGAUGUCAGCUGACUGCAGAGGGCUUUUGAAAACACGUUUGUGUGAUGAGGCAUUCGAGAGAGGGCGCGUGUGUGUAUCUGUCUAUGCCUCUACGCAUGGAGAGUGUGCAUUCAUUGAGUGUAUAAAUGUGUGUUAAAGGGAUACUUCGGGAUUUUUGCAAUGAGGCCCUUUAUCUACUUCCCCAGAGUCGGAUGAACUCGUGGAUACCAUUUGUAUGUCUCUGCUUGCAGUUUGAAGGAAGUUGCUAACUAGCGCUAGUGCAAUUGCUAACUAGCAUUAGCGCAAUGACUGGAAGUCCAUGGUAUCUACUAGCGCUUUGUCUUCCUCCUCAGGUGGACUUUGCCUUCACGGUGUGGCAGAGCUUCCCAGAGAGGUUGGUGGGCUACCCGGCCCGGAGCCACUUCUGGGACAGCAACAAGGAGCGCUGGGGCUACACUUCCAAGUGGACCAACGACUACUCCAUGGUGCUGACCGGAGCUGCCAUCUACCACAGGUACAGUAGGCUACAGUACAAGCUCCAGGGUGAAGUUUCCCCUAGGUACAGAUCUAGGAUCAGCUUCCCCUCCCCCCAAAAUGUAAAACUGACCCAAGAUCAGUGUAUAGGUACAACACUACCAGCAGUGCUUGACUUGGACUGAAAUAGGUGCCGGUACUUAUUUUGGGUGCCGGUACUGUUUAUAUUUAGGUGCAGGGGCUUCACAAUACUUUUGAGCUAAUAUUCUGUAACAGGUUUAGGAACUCAAGCAGUAGAGAAUUUGAGUUGCCAGUACUCUGUUCCGGUGAGCUCCUGCCCAAGUCAAGCACUGACUACCAGUGGAGGCUGGUAGAUUAAGAAAUCGGAGGACGGGCUCAUUGUAAUGGCUGGAAUGGAAAGGUAUCAAACACAAUUGAAAGUGACAUCAACCUCCACUGAACACUACUGUAGGAAGUAGCCUGAGGCCACAUACAGUACAUCAGUCAUGUUGAGUGGUGCAUCGUGGAUCCUGUCCCAACCCUCAUUACAUUGUCUUUUUCAUACAGUUGUUCAACAAAGACUCAAUUCAGCACUGUCUAUAAAACUGAUAUUGAACUGCUUGAUUAGUUUUGAUUAACUCAAUCGAUCCAAACUCUAAUCUCGAAUGCUUCCCAGAGCUUUCCAAACACCUCCAAAUCACCCUCUCAACUCUUCUUCUUCUCCCUCUCCAGAUAUUACCACUUUCUGUUCACUAACUUAUUCUUCCUCCUCAGAUAUUACCACUUCCUGUACACCAACUUCCUGCCUGCCAGCCUGAAGGGCAUGGUGGACCAGUUGGCUAACUGUGAGGACAUCCUCAUGAACUUCCUGGUGUCAGCAGUCACCAAGCUGCCGCCCAUCAAGGUCACCCAGAAGAAGCAGUACAAAGAGACCAUGAUGGGACAGGUAUGUAUUAUAACACAUUAUAAACUGGGUAGUUUGGAUGCUGAUUGGCUGAAACAGCAUUUCAACCAUGUGUAUAUCUGACAAUAUACCACGAGUAUGACGCAAAAAUACUAGUUUACUGUUUUAUUUAUGUUUAUAACCAGUUUAUAAUAGCAAUACGGCACCUCAGGGGUUUGUGGUAUAUGGCCAAUAUACCACGGCUAAGGGCUGCAUCUGGGCACUCUGCUUCUCGUUGUGCGUAAGAACAGCCCUUAGCCGUGGUAUAUUUAAGCAAUAAGGCCCGAGAGGGUGUGGUAUAUGUUCUUGGGCACAACGCAACGCACAGUGCUUGGAUACAGCCCUUAGCCGUGGUAUAUUGGCCAUAUACCACACCCCUCGUGUGUUAUUGCUUAAUUAUAAACUGGGUGGUUCGAGCCCUUAAUGCUGAUUGGCAGACAGCCGUGGUACAGUGGCUUGCGAAAGUAUUCACCCCCCUUGGCAUUUUCCCUAUUUUGUUGCCUUACAACCUGGAAUUAAAAUGGAUUUUUUGGGGGGGUUUGUAUCUUUUUAUUUACACAACAUGCCUACCACUUUGAAGUUGCAAUUUUUUUAAAAUUGUGAAUCAAACAAGAAAUAAGACCAAAAAAAAAAGAACUUGAGCGUGCAUAACUAUUCACCCCCCCCCCCCCCCCCCCCCCCCCAAAGUCAAUACUUUGUAGAGCCACCUUUUGCAGAAAUUACUGCUGCAAGUCUCUUGGGGUAUGUUUCUAUAAGCUUGGCACAUCUAGCCACUGGGAUUUUUGCCCAUUCUUCAAGGCAAAACUGCUCCAGCUCCUCACAAGUUGGAUGGGUUCCGCUGGUGUACAGCAAUCUUUAAGUCAUACCACAGAUUCUCAAUUGGAUUGAGGUCUGGGCUUUGACUAGGCCAUUCCAAGACAUUUAAAUGUUUCCCCUUAAACCACUCAAGUGUUGCUUUAGCAGUAUGCUUAGGGUCAUUGUCCUGCUGGAAGGUGAACCUCCGUCCCAGUCUCAAAUCUCUGGAAGACUGAAAACAGGUUUCCCUCAAGAAUUUCCCUGUACUUAGUGCCAUCCAUCAUUCCUUAAAUUCUGACCAGUUUCCCAGUCCCUGCCGAUGAAAAACAUGGUGGUGUUCUCGGGGUGAUGAGAGGUUGUUGGGUUUGCGCCAGACAUAGCGUUUUCCUUGAUGGCCAAAAAGCUCAAUUUUAGUCUCAUCGGACCAGAAUACCUUCUUCCAUAUGUUUAGGGAGUCUCCCACAUGCCUUUUGGCGAACACCAAAUGUGUUUGCUUAUAUUUUUCUUUAAGCAAUGGCUUUUUUCUGGCCACUCUUCAGUAAAGUCCAGCUCUGUGGAGUGUAUGACUUAAAGUGGUCCUAUGGACAGGUACUCCAAUCUCCGCUGUGGAACUUUGCAGCUCCUUCAGGGUUAUCUUUGGUCUGUUGACUCUCUGAUUAAUGCCCUCCUUGCCUGGUCUGUGAGUUAUGGUGGGCGGCCCUCUCUUGGCAGGUUUGUUGUGGUGCCAUAUUCUUUCCAUUUUUUAAUAAUGGAUUUAAUGGUGCUCCGUGGGAUGUUCAAAGUUUCUGAUAUUUUUUUAUAACCCAACCCUGAUCUGUACUUCUCCACAACUUUGUCCCUGACCUGUUUGGAGAGCUCCUUGGUCUUCAUGGUGCCGUUUGAUUGGUGGUGCCCCUUGCUUAGUGGUGUUGCAGACUUUGGGGCCUUUCAGAACAGGUGUAUAUAUUCUGAGAUCAUGUGACAGAUCAUGUGACACUUAUAUUGCACACAGGUGGACUUUAUUUAACUAAUUAUGUGACUUCUGAAGGUGAUUGGUUGCACCAGAUCUUUUUAGGGGCUUCAUAGCAAACGGGGUGAAUACAUAUGCACGCACCACUUUUCCGUUAUUUAUUUUUUUGAAUUUUUUGAAACACGUUUUUAUUUUAUUUUUACUUCACCAAUUUGGACUAUUUUGUGUAUGUCCGUUACAUGAAUUCCAAAUAAAAAUCAAUUUAAAUUACAGGUUGUAAUGCAGCAAAAUAGGAAAACUGCCAAGGGGGAUGAAUACUUUUGCAAGGCACUGUAUGUCAGACCAUAUACCACGAGUAUGAGACAACAUUUAUUUUUACUGCUCUAAUUACGUUGGUAACCAGUUUGUAAUAGCAAUAAGGCACCUCAGGGGUUUGUUGUAUAUGGCCAAUAUACCACGGCUAAGGGCUGUAUCCAGGCACUCCACGUUGUGUCGUGCUAAGAACAGCCCUUAGCUGUGGUAUAUUGGCCAUAUACCACACCCCCUCAGGCCUUAUUUCUUAUUUAUACCAUGGCGUUGUUGAAUACUCGUUUCUGAUUGGCUUGAAAGGCAUUUUAGAGCGUGCAUUAUUUAAGUGAUAAUGCCCUUGAAGCCGGUGUUUGGAGGAUAUAUUGGCACGUGUCACUUUUAUACAACAGGUUACCAACAUAUUCAAAUAAUGAUUUACAUAUUUUCAUUAAUAAACGUUAUUUUGAUGAAUUUAUUCAUACUAUUUCAUCCUUCCACAAGAUAUAGUCCCGACACACAUCUAGGGUGGCAACGUUCUUAUCCCUUGCUUGCUAGCCAGCCAACUACGGCUAACUUAGUCACUUCAAAAAGUGCAGCCAGAAUGACAUUAAAGUAGCAGCAUUUGCAUUUGUUUAAGCUGUUUUCUAGCGACAUUUAUUUGGAUACAUCCUUAACAAUGAGCUAAUGAGGCACGAUUUCUUUGUAUAUAUCCAUAGAAAUUAUGCCAGUUCAUUCAUGAUUUCGACUGGCUGAGAAACGCUACCUGUCUGUCUCGUCCCGACUCCCGACACGUUCAUUACUAUGGGACAGCUGGAGAACGAAUUUGAAUAUUGAAACAAUGUUGCAAAUGUCAGAGAGAUAGACCGCAAGGUUUAUACAAAUCUACGCUAUUGAAAACUAAAUGUUGGUCUAAAAGAAAUGUGAGAUAAUAUCUAGAUGAUUUUUAUAGUGGAGAUCAAGUUUAUAAAUUGCUUGGCUGGGCUGAUAAAUUGCUUGGCUGGGCUUUUUAUCCAUAUCACCCAGCUCUAGUACCACCCCAAAAACUUUUUUUGUGCUGAUUUAUCAUUAAUGCAAAGAAAUGGGUCAAUUUAUCAUAAUAUGGAGUUUUGGUCAUAUCGCCCAGCUCUGGUCCCCACCCACCAUUUGAGAUUAUAUGAUUUAGUGUCAUGACAUGCUACUAUGAUGUAACAAUCACUUAUCUUUGUCUUUCUCUCCUCCCGCCGUGCAGUCGUCGCGGGCGUCGCGCUGGGCCGACCCGGACCACUUUGCCCAGCGGCAGACGUGCAUGAACAAGUUCGCCAGCUGGUUUGGCGGCAUGCCCAUGGUCCACUCCCAAAUGAGGCUGGACCCGGUGCUGUUCAAGGACCAGGUCUCCAUCCUGCGCAAAAAAUACAGGGACAUCGAGAGGCUCUGA